CUUGGCAUCCGACCACUCACAGUCUACCAAACAAUGACAGCAAUCUUGACGUGUGGACUUCGCGAACCGCUUUAGUAAGUGUCUGUUGGGGUCUGCGGGGAACCCUGCCGAACAGCCCUGAAGAUAUGACGAGCAUUCGGAAAGGAGUGUUCGGAGACUACGGAUAUGGCUAAGGAAUAUAUACUUAAUAGCCAAUGACGCUCUGCGGUAUGAGUUUACUUGGCAUCCUCCUCCAAUUCGACGGGCGGUACCAACAAGAAAAUGCUCAUUCCGGCCAGUUUUGCACUUCUAAUACUUUCUGGUACGGCAUCAGCCUACUGGCUGCCCGAAUCGUUGAAAUGCGUCAAGACCUGCGUUGUACCUAAAAAUACUACGGGGGCCGACGACACCCCGAGCAUCGUCCAGACGGUUGCAGAAUGUGGCGAUAGCUCGCGCGUCAUUUUCGAAACGGGUUUCACGUAUAAUCUCAUGACGCCGUUGCAAUUGAGUUCCCUUACAAACAUUGAGUUCGUAUUCAACGCGAACGUUUCAUUGCCGGAAAAUAUGACGUAUGUCGAAUCCGUGGUGAACAACACGAAAAUAUAUCCUGGGCGAUGGAUCAAUUUUGCAGGCACGAAUGUUACGUUGACCGGCAGCAAAGAACCGGGGAACGGAUGGUUCAUUGGGCAUGGCGAACUGUGGUGGCCAGGAGGCGCCACGAAUAGUGGUAACAACGCACGACCUCACUUCUUUUCUUUAAAGGUCAAUUAUCUUCGAGUCCGAGAUCUCAAGAUAUUGAACCCAGUGGCUUGGGUGUUUUCAAUGGGCGGAAGCUAUGUGUGGAUGACGAACACUCUCAUUGAUGCACGCUCUGAUGAUGGGUUUCCAUUUAACACCGACGGCAUUGACAUGUCCGCAAGCAACUCUCUCAUCGAAGGCUUCACUAUCUACAAUGGAGAUGACCUCAUCAACAUCUCACCACCGACCACCAACGUUACGGUGCGCAACAUGUAUGCUUCUGGUGGUCAUGGUAUUGCUGUAUCCUGUUCCAGCGGAAUUGGUGGGAACUAUCUCUUUGAGAAUGCGGUCGUCGAGGAUUCGCUGAUGGGCGCUCGAUUCAAGGGUGGAUUAGGAACCACUUGCCAACUGAACAAUAUUACAUGGAAAAAUUUCGAGAUACGCAAUACCACCUACCCGAUCCACUUCAUCGAGAAUUAUGUGGACCAAGAGAAAGGUCUCAGUCCCGGCGCAAAUGCCAGUCUAGCUGCUUAUGCCACCAACUUCUCUUGGGAGAACAUUUCCGGCCAAACAGGGGAAAGCCUAAGCGACGGCAGCUGCAUUACUGAUCCUUGCUGGAGUGCUACACUUGGUGAUAGCAAUAGAAAAGGGCUAUAUCUUCUCUGUGCCGAUGAAGACCACUGCAAGGACUUCCACUUCAAAAAUAUUAAUUUGACAGGUUAUGAUGGCAAAGCAGCCGAAAUGGAGUGUACUGGCUUGAAUGGCGUUGCUGGCAUGGGAAUCUCAUGUACAAAUGGGACGAUAACAUCAGAAUAAACUGCCAAAACCUUCAAUCAACUGUUCUCGAACGUAAUAAUACAUAUAUAACAAAUCCGUCCAAAUUACAUUCGUAGC